AUGGGUUAUAGACAUCUCAUAUCUAUACACAUUUUUCAAUUAUUCAUGUGUCAUUCGGAGCCGGUAAAAUGUGUCUCAUACACACAAGCGUUGAACAAUCAACACGUAGAUUCACUACUUACUCCAGAAUGUACGCACCGUUCAUUUAAAGUAAUAAAGAAACAAUCGAAUCAAAAUAACACGCAACUUGGCACAGUUUCAAACAAUACUCAGCUCAAUGAUAGUGGUGUCAAAAAUAUGUCAGCGGAUGAUUCCACAAGUGUGACUAUAAAAAAUAAUCAAUUAAAUGAUCAUGCUACAGGUAUCCCCAACAGUGAUGUCGUUGGUAAAACAAAUAUCAGUAAUGGUAUGAGUCAAAAUAACACAACCCAAAAUGGUGUCACUAACAAUAGUAACAUGCCCGAUGGCAAAAGUGAAACUGGAAUUAGCAGUAAAUUUGAAUAUAUAAUGUGUUUCAUGGGUAUAGAAUCAUAUUGUUCAGAAUAUAGCAAAGAUAAGCAUAUUGAAGUUAAAAAGAACGAUGAUAAAACGAAUAAAGGAUACGAGGUGGAACAAAGUGACGUGGUGAUCGUGCCUGUGGAGUCGAAAAAUUGCUUUGAAUAUGGAAAGCCAGGUGUUGUUCCUAGUGACUGGAUUAAACCUGAAGAAUUUGGGUGGAUUGUUGUUAAUGAGUUUGGAGUCAAUAGAUUUACUUCAAGCAAACCCGCUAAUAUGGCAUAUCCACAAAAUUUGUUACUAGACAAAUUGGAAUGCAAUGCUGCUUCUUACGAAAUUGUAUUAAAAUUGGGGUCAGACUCUAUUGGAGGGUUGGUAUUCAGAACUUCAACCGAUAAGGAAAUGGUAGUUGUUUUAAACUCGCUCACUAAAACUAUAACACUCUCAAAAAAUCAAAAUGGAGGGUAUCAAGUAUUGUAUGAAAAAUCGCACCAAGGUAUUAAUAGUCAAUUUUUACACAAACUUGGCAUUAUAGACAGUGGUUACAAGGGUGAGGUGCAAGUUUUAUUGGAUGGACAAGUUGUUAUGAAUGUUCCGAGAUUGUUCUUCGAAACUUCCGGUGGUUUUGGCUUACAUAUGGAAAAGGGCAAUGUGAGUUUUUCAGACGCAUCAAUUGAACCACUGUGA